UCUCACAAAACCCAAUCUUUCAGGAUUUUAUGUUUGAACAGACAAGCUUGAUUUAUUCAUUCGUUUUACUAGCUGUCGAUUUUCUCAAGCGAGUUGGUCGUUUUUAUUUAUGUAUGUGUGUUUGGUUUUAUUUUACUUCAUGAGUAAGCAUUGAUUUGAGUAAACAGUCAGAAGUCAGUGUAUGUUGUGAGCUCAGUGUGAGUUAUAGAGCGGGACAGUCACAGCUUCUUGUGUUCGAGCCAUGCACACUGCCUACCUGACCAGACACGGCCCGAGGGAGACGGACCCCUGUCCGAGGAAAGCUCAGUUCCACACGGACCUCUGGUGCUGUUUCACCGUCCAGAACUGCCUGCUGGACUUUGGCAGGCCUUUAGUCAUGAUCUUUUGUCCUUUGGAAUGGUUUCCUUUGAGCAAACCCAGUGCUGGUGACUAUUUCCACAUGCUGUACAACAUCACCACACCCUUCCUGCUGCUCAAGCUCAUAGAGCGAAGCCCGAAGACGUUACCUCGCUCCGCCGUCUACCUGUGCAUCAUCACGUUUGUGAUGGGUGCCAGCGUUCACCUGGUUGGAGAGUCCAUCAACCACCGGCUUCUGCUCAGCGGAUACCAGCUGCAGCUGAGCGUCAGAGAAAACCCCAUCAUGAAGAACCUCAGACCAGAAACUCUGAUCGACUCGUUUGAGUUGCUGCAGUAUUAUGAUGAAACUCUGGCUCGUUGUCUGUGGUAUGUUCCUCUGUUCCUCAUCCUGUUCCAGUAUUUCACUGGCUGCUUCACUGUUGUCAAAGCUCAGAAGACGAUGCCCAUCUCCGCUUGGCUUCUCCUGGGUCCUAGUGGCCUUUACUACUGGUAUCUUGUGACAGAAGGACAAAUUUUCAUCCCGUUCAUUUUCACUUUUUUUGCCAUGACGGCUACGGUCGUGCACCAGAAGCGCAAAGGUUUUCUGCCUGAUGCUAACGGACUCUUCCUGCUCUACAGUUUUUCACUGUCGCUCGUGUUAGUGACCAUCUGGGUCACCUGUCUGUGGAACGACAAGGUGUUACGGAGGAAAUAUCCAGGAGUGAUGUAUAUACCAGAGCCGUGGGCCGUUUACACACUGCAUCUCAGAGACAAACACACGACGCUCACAGACUGAACCUGCACUCCAAACCACUCAGAUCAUUUAAUAUGACUUGACUUGCAACCGUAAACUCUUUAUUUUUAAGUAACCAUCACGUUGCACCUUCAGAAAUUGACUUUUUUGCAUAACAUGCAUCCUAUGAAUUUCUGCAAAAAAAUGUGUGCACAGAGAAUGUUUUAACCGUGCAAAGAUUUCCAGCGGCCCAAGAAAUGCACUCUACUCUAUUCCAGCCACUCCACUCCACUCACUCUACUCUACUCUACUCUACUCUACUCUACUCUACUCUACU